AUGGAAUAUAAAGAAAAGCCCGAGGGACCCUUUUUUGUCUCCUUCUACGUGACCAACUUCACGGCAUCCGACGAUUUAGCAUCGUACAAAAUAAACAUAACAGAUUUCUAUGGAAACUGCUACGAGUCCAACCUCAUUGGAAAGAAUAAUUACCGCCAAAUUAACUUCCCCAGCAACUACAUCGAGAUAUGUGAAGAAACGGCCAUCAACGACAUCAUCCAGAGUUGCGUAAAGGUGGACGUUUUCGCAAGAAAUAAUGACCCUGAGGGGGAGCCGAAGGACAGGAAAGAUGGUGGUAGCGGUGACGAGAAGGGUGAUGAUAACAACGGUGGCGAUAACGACAGUGACGAUGGCCCCAGUGGCAGUUUUGUGCGUAUCGGGUCGGAGAACAUCAAGGCCUUCCCCUUUCUGCACGACCAACUAAUCAUCACGAGAAAGAUCGUUGCGUCGUACAGGUGCGGGGAGAAAGGCGGAAAUAACUCCGCAAAUCAGAAUGAAGGCGACCAAGCGGAUGAGCCGGUGGAUCCUGGCGAAAAGGGUGACAAGAGUGAUAAAAAAAGGAAGAAAAAAAAUGCAGACAAAGAUGAAAAGAAAAAAAAGAAAAAGGAUAAAAUAAAGGGUAACUCACGAAGGGAAGACAAAAAAUCGGAUAAUUCUCUCAAAACGGAUAUUGACAUAAGUUUUCACAUCACGCUGAAUAUAAAUUCCUUGGUGGGCAACUACUGCGGGAGGUCCUCGUACAACAUAAUGAAUGUGAAGGUUGAUGGGGUAUACAACAUCUCCAAAGCUAUUGAUGAGAAAAUGGCGAAGAAAAAUUCGCACACAUUUCAAUUGAAGUUUUUGGACUUUAGCCUAAACGAUGGGGCUCUCGUUGAAGAUGAGCAAGACAAAUACAAAAUUGUGUGGAAAAAAAACGACCUGUAUAAGUAUAGAAAUAUAAAGGAAAUUGAAUAUAUUUACAACUUUCUGUUUUACGAAUCUUUUAACGUGAAUGCAUACUUGCUGUGUGUGAACGAGGGGAAGAAGCAAAGGGACAACGCCACCCCCAGCGUAAUGGAUACCCUCUGCGGAAGGUUCCAAGUCAACAUUUCAGACGUGAUAACAAACGCAGUUAUCAACGCCAAGUACCAAUUGCAAUCCAUGAAUUCACCAAAGGGGGAGGCGAAAAGUGGCCGGGAAAAUGAAGGCAAUGAAGAGUCGUUCGUCUACGGAGGGGCUUACAUCCUACUGACCAUUCAGUUUUACAAGCCUUUCUUCAAGAAGGAAAAAGUGGAAUUUCCCCUGCGGAUAUUUAACGUGAUGGGAGGCGGUACAGAGAGCGAUAAGAAGGAAAGCGACUGCGUCGAGGAUGUGUUCAACAGGUCCAUCAUGGAGGGAAUCCAAUACGUCAACCUCCAAAUCGACAAGCUGAAGGAGGAAGACCAAAUAAAGAUUUACAGAAAGUCCAAAGAAUACGUCUCGUUCCUGGACAGUUUGAGGGAAACGCCCACGUACUUGAAUCUUUACAACAACAUCAAGGAAAUCAUGAUCAAGCUGGCGUACGAAAUUGUGCGGAAAAAAGUGUACCAAAAUUUUAACCUCCAUGAUGACGUGAUGUUUGAGGAGGAGAACGGUCAGGAGAAGGAGAAAACGACAGAGUCAACCUCGGAAAAAAACAUGAUGGAAAAAUCGUCCUGCGGAAAGAAAGCCAUGUCAGAGGAAAACGAAAACUGCAUCCUGGCUCAUCUGUUCAACCUCGUGAACGAAUCAUCCAACGUGAUCAUCAACGGCUACUUCGAAAAGGAGAACCACCUUAACAUGAAUACACUACGCGAAAUAAAAGAAAAAAACAACAUCACAGAUAUAGAAAACUAUUUAUUCAAUGUGGUACAAGAGAGCGAGUUUUUAUUUAAGUAUAGGAAGACUGCCUAUUUCUGCGAAGCUAUGUUGGUUUUACUCUUUAGGAAGAUAACUUCUUGCGGAGAAAGUACCAAAGGGAAUCUCUCAUCACAGUUGGAAACACAAGAUUAUAAUCAUGUGGUUAAUAUGUUGCUACAUUAUUCCGACUAUGACGAGGAAAAGGAGUACACACAAAGAGACAAUUACAUGUACGAAAAAAAAAAAAAUAAAGAUGAAAAAAAAAAAAAAAAAAAAAAAGAAGAUAUAUUAACAUGUAUGAUAAACGGCAUGAAGGGAAAAAAUGCCAAUUCUUACUUGUUCCAUUAUAUGGACCACUUUAGCGAAGUGAUUCUAAACGGGAGGGGAGAAAGUUGCGCGGCCGAUGUAUCAUCUGUAGGGGAAUCACCUGUGCAGGACGCUGAACAGGAGAAUAUCAUCUCGAUUAUAAACUUGCCACAGAAUGAAGAAAUUAAAAAAAUAUUUAUUGAUGUCCUGUACACAUAUGCCAAAACUUUGCUUAUAAUGAGUAGCCACCCCGGUGGCCAAGUCAACAAGAAACAACAGCGUCUGUGCUACGAGCAGUACUGCGUGGAGAGGAGCGAACAGGCAAAAGACAACUUUACAGGGGAGGGGGACAACGGUGGAGCUACCCGAAAAGACCAGAUCUACAAGAAGGCCUACGACCAAUUCAACGACAACUUUGAGUGCCACAACAAUUUCAACUCAUACGACAAGUACCUGAACAGAGAAAAUGUGGACACCUGCAUUUCGUGUCUAUCAGCCUACGUGGAGCUCACGAAUUUUGAAAACAUCGAAAGCAUUUUCACCUUAGCCUUGGCAUACCUGAACGCUCAUAAGUAUGAAGAGGCCGAGAAAUUAGCUAGCUAUUUGAUAGAAAUAAUGAAAAUGAAAAAAUGCCAAAGGAGGAAAAAAGGAGGAUCUCCUUCUUGUCCGGCCUCCUCCCCUGAGAAACCACCAGAGGAAGAACCCCCCAUGGACAUGAAAAAGUUCCACCUCUACAGCUCAUUUGGUCAAACCCACAUAGAUGUAACUGUGGAGAUUUGCGUGUAUAUAAAAGCCUUGUGCUUCUAUUUCCAGCGGAACUACGUGCAGUACUACAUUAAUAUGAGCAUCCUGAUGAGCACCAACGAAAAUGAGCUGCGCCUGGAGGUUGAGAAGAGUACUUCUUCGUUGGGCGCUUAUAUAGGGGGAAAGGACCCCAGCGGAAAAAAGGCAAAAUGGGAAGAGACUGAAAGGAAGGAUAAGACGGGGGCUUCCCGCAAUAGGUGCAGUGUCGACAAUGUGGGUGGUAUUUCAGGUGUUGCAGAUGGUGCGAGUGACGAGGCGGUACAUGCCCAAGAUCAGCAUAGGAAAAAAAAAAAAAAAAAAAAAAGUACAAAAGGAGGAGAAGACGCAUCCCAAACUAACCCCGAGGGUAAGGAAAGUGCCUUGAAUGACCAACCUAGCACAGACAAAGAGGAGCCAGAAAAUAAAAAAGAACAGGAAGUUGCAAAAGCGAAAGGAACGAGAAAUAGUCAAAGAGAACAACCAACCUUAGGGGAAGACCAAACCAUGUUGAAUUGUCCCGACACGAAUUUGUACAGACAGAUCCCAGAGAAGGACACCUUGAUGUUGUUGUUUCUUAUUCAUUGCACAAAAUUGAAUUUACUAAAUAUCGUUAUGUUUAUUCACGAAAACAGGUGGAAGUUUCUAACGCAAUCGUCCUUAGACAUGCCUCUGUACAGGCAACUCAUCAUCCGCGCGUUCUUUGCAGUAGGAGAAUUCGCCAAAUGUGUGGAGCUGAUAGAUGAGACGAGUGAGCACCUGCGCAACCUGGACUUCCUGUACAUCUACGCACAGAGCUCGUAUAAACUGGGAGACUACCCCAAAUGUGUAGAUCUCCUGAAGCAAUAUUUGCCUCUCUGUAGAUUGAAGAAUCUUCGCGUAAAGAUGCACCUAAGGUUGAGUAAAAUAUACUUAUCGCUUGGCAAUUUUGAAGACAGUAAAAAGGAGAUUAAGAACUCACAGCAGAUUUGUAAAACUAGCUAUUCGUAUCUGUACUUGGGUUGUUACUACUUAAAAAGGAGAAAAUACUUGCAGGCGUACAGGCUCUUGUACAAGUCAAACGAAAUGAAUAUUUUCAACCACAAAUUGUGGGCAUAUCUAUGUAUGGCAUUUUUGCACCUUGGCAUGCGGGACCAAGCUGAUAAAUGUCUAGGCAACUUUAUAAAAAUGAAAAAGUACGACAAGAAGAUUAUUUCCGAAAUGGUGGACACGUAUAAGGAGGUUGGAUACGAGAAGGGGGGGCAGGUGUUGUCAACUCUCCAUGCAGAGGGAAGCUAA